AUGGAAGACGACGUGGACUGGGAUGUGAACAUCAAGACUCAGCUCAUCGAAUUCGCUCGAGGCCUACAUGCGGUACAGGGCAACAAGAAAGUUCACCCAGAGGCGUCCUAUGGGCUUGACUGGGAUUUUCUUUGGAUUGGCGGCUGCAUAUCCGGACCCAGGUCAAAUGAGACUCAUUUCUACGCCAUACCAAACGAUCCGACAGUUGCCAGUGUUGAGCAGCGGGCUGGUGCAGCGGGUAUCCCAGAGAUCUGGAAAGAGCAUUUUCCAGAAGACUCCACGAGAUACAUAUAUCGGGCUGAACAGGGAUGCUGUUUGUAUGGUUAUGCGGUGACCAGUCAAGGAGCUAAGAAAAUCCUUGCGGCUUUAUCGGUCGAUCAUCUCGAGAUCCCAGUGGACAACGCUUUGAGCGAUUUAUGUGGAGGCGUGGGUGAUCGACACAGAAUUGCACGUUAG